UCGGCUGCUAAGAGAAGAUUUCAAAUUUAAAAACAGAAAGUAAACAAAAAUUUGUUCGAAAAAAGUGAAAAAAUUUUUGUAUCUUAUUUUUAAACCGCUAAAAUAUUAUUUUUUGAAUUAAUGCUUCAGAACGUCGGUAUGUGAUAUCGUUGUUGUUCAAUCUUCCGGAAUGUAAUGAAUCGACGUAAUGACGAGGAAGACGCUUUGAACAAUAUAAGCAAUAUUCGAAAAGAAAUAUUACAGCUGUGCAAUGCUCCAGGCUCGAGAACAACUGAUUUUCAUAGACUUGGAUUCAGCUGCCUUUUGAAGAAAUUGCAUGAAAUUGAAAAAAUUGUUACUGGUCUUAAAGACAUGCCUAUUAUAGCUCACAGCACUCCUCACACAAGUCGGAUUCAACCGGUUGUAACGGAUCAUGAUUUAGAAUCAACCAUCGAUCAAAGUUUUCCAGAAGUACGAGCAAACCCAAGAAUUUUAUCGUUACCUGAUGACUUGACACCCAAUACAAAAAGAGUAUUGUUUGAUAUCUACAAUAAAAUUGAAAGAAGUUUCGAUGAAUUCUACGAAAAUAUGAAAUUGAAGCUGAAACAAUCGUAUGAAGAUAACUAUCGUAAACUGGACGAUUUCAUGUGUUCAUUGCGAGAAAAUCUAAAAACUGAAAUACGAAUGUUUAUAGAAAACGUUUUACUUGAAGAGAACACAAAUGAACCGCCCUCGGAUACAUUUUAUGAUGAUAGUUCUCAUAUACCUUUACCUCAACCUGAUCCAUUUUAUCAAGCUCCCUUACCGUUUACUAAUGUACCGGUGAUCAACAUGGAGGUUGUUAAACAAACGUUGAAGAACCCAGAAGUGAAUGUGGAAUUGAAACGAGACUUUUUUGCCAACCUUAACGCUCUGAACGAUGUAAUAAAUGAAAUUUCAGAACAGGCAAAGCCUACGUUUCGACAACCAGCUAGAGAGGCACCGAGUAAUUCGUUAUCUAAUCCCGAAGUGCAUCCUCAAUAUGAGCAGGAAGAUGUCCAAUUUCAACCUUUAACGUGCAGUAGAUAGUAGAAUUAAUUUAGUUAAAAUUUUUCUUCGUAGCUUUUCAAAUUAUUUAGUUGAUAAAUUUGAGUAAGUGUAAAAUUAUUUUUCCGAAUAAAAUUAUUUGAGGAUGUUUUAA